AGGGUAAAAGAGAAUCUGAAGCUCUGUAAAAGCAAUAAUGAUUGUAAAAAACGUCACAACCUCUGUGAGCAUGUCUCUGACUGCUCUGAGGCUCGUUGGUUUCUGGAUGCCAGAGCAUUUUGGAGGGAACAAGAGGAUUUUGUACGAUUGCUACGGCUUUUUCAGCUUCAUGUUCUUGUUAGGGACCUACCUUAUCAUCCAAGCCGUGGACAUGUGUAUGAUAUGGGGCGACCUUCCCCUCAUGACUGGAGUAGCGUUUGUCCUCUUCACCAACCUGGCACAAGCCACCAAGAUCUUCUUCAUGGUGUGGAGGAGGAAGCAGGUCCUGACCAUCAUCAGGGGAGCGGACGAUGUGUUAAGAGCUGUGGACAGUGAUGAAGCGAAGGCUAUUGUCAAAAGUUGCAGCCGUGAGACCAUAUUUCUGCACAUUGUCUACAACUGCUUGACGCUGGUGACCAUGGUCGGCUGGGGAACCAGUGCGGAGAAGAACCAGCUGCCUCUGAGAGCUUGGUACCCAUACAACACGUCAAAAUCUCCAGCCUACGAGUUGACCUACAUGCACCAGAUCGGAGCGCUAUGCGUCGCGGCCUUUCUCAACGUAUGCAAGGACUCGCUGGUGACGUCACUGAUCGCGCAGUGUCGCUGUCGGCUGAGGCUGCUGGGAUUAUCACUGAGGAGUCUGUGCAAGGACCUGCAUGCUACUGGGAAGCAAUACACCGCCGAGCAAGAGGCCAUAGUACGCGCGCGUCUCUGCGCAUGCGUGAGGGAACACCAGGCGGCGCUGGAGGCUGCAAAGCGGAUCCAGGACGUCUUCUCCGAGCAAACCUUUGCGCAGUUCAACGUGUCGCUGGUCAUCAUUUGUGUCACGGCGUUCCAGCUUGUAUCGCAAACUGGAAACCUCGUCCGACUUAUGUCAAUGGGCACCUAUCUGGUGAACAUGAUGUACCAGGUGUUCCUGUACUGCUACCAGGGCAACCAGCUUUCAGAAGAGAGUGCUAUGAUAGCCGGUUCAGCGUACGAGUGCCCGUGGUACCUGAUGUCGAUAUCGCUUCGGCGAUCGCUGCUGAUCGUCAUGAUCCGCUCGCGGCGCAUCAGCAAGAUUACCGCUGGAGGCUUCACUACGCUGUCGCUGGCUUCUUUUAUGGCGAUAAUAAAAGCAUCGUAUUCCUUAUUUACACUGCUGCAGCAAGUGGAAGGGAAAAAAUUCUGCGUCAUCCUCGCUAAUGAUAACACUGAGGGUUCCAAACAGAACACAAAAAUGAAGUUCUUUGUCGUCAAUGUGUACACAGAUUUGAAAAUAUCCUUAACCAUUCUACUGUACACUGGUUUUUGGACGAGGCAGAAAGAAGUCACGAAUAUUUUGAGCUAUUGUUAUCCUUUUCUGACGUUCAUGUUUAUGGCUGGAAUAUCCAUCAUAGUGCAAUUCGUGGACCUAUUACAUGUCUGGGGAGACGUAUCCCUGAUGACCAGCUCAUCCUUCCUCCUCUUCACAAACAUCUCUUUUGGCCUGAAGAUGUUCAACAUAUUGUGGAAGAGGGAAGAAGUGAGAGCUAUCAUUGAAGACUGUGAUCAGGUGCUGCGUGCUGUGGAUACAUCUUGGGGACAUGAGAUAGUGAAAAGCGGUAUUCGUAAGUCCUUUCUGCUAUUCUCAAUCUACACAUUCCUGGCCAAUAUUUCCGUCUUUGGUUGGGCCAUCAGUCCUGAAAAGGGCGAGCUACCUACGCGAGCUUGGUAUCCGUAUAAUACUACCUCCUCGCCAGGUUACGAGCUCACAUACCUGCACCAGGUGUCAGCGGUGUUACUGGGCGCGUCUGUGAACGUGAGCCUGGAUACGGUGGUGAUCUCGAUGAUGGCGCAGUGCACGUGUCGGCUGCGGCUGCUGGCCGCUGCGCUGAGGAUGCUGGGAGGCGAUAUGCUGGUCACGAACAUGUUCGAGGCAGAGCAGGAGCGGGCCAUCAGAGAAGAGCUUCAGCGCUGCGUGCAGCAGCACCGGUCCGUUCUGCAGGUGGCUGGUCUGCUCCAGCAGUACUUCUCCACCUCCAUCUUGGCGCAGUUCUCCGUGUCCUUGGUCAUCAUCUGCGUAACGGCGUACCAGUUGGCUUUUGUAUCCAGUAACGUGAUGACCAUCUUGGGAAUGACCACAUACUUCAUGUGCAUGUUGAUGCAGGUCUUCCUCUACUGUUACCAGGCCCACGAGCUCUCGACUGUGAGCAGUCAAGUGGGGGAUGCGGUAUACGAGUCCCUCUGGUAUGAGAUGUCGGCACCUCUGAGGAGGGACCUGCUGGUACUGAUGGUCCGCUCGCAACGGGUCAUCAAGGUCACAGCGGGGGGCUUCACUACUCUCUCUUUGAACACUUUUAUGGCUAUAAUCAAAACAUCAUACACUUUAUUCACGGUGCUCCAAAGAGAAGAUUGAAUAAAAUUUUCA